UCUUGAUUUGAUCUGCCAUACGUCUUUCAACAAAACCGCAAAUAGUUGACAACAGAAAAUGUUUUCUAGUGCCCAACAGAGUGGAUUCAUUUCCAUAUUUUACAGUGUGGGAAGCAAUCCAUUAGCGUUAUGGGAUAAACAGGUCAAAAACGGACACAUAAGACGAGUAAUCGACGAUGAAGUUAAAUCCUUAGUCUUAGAUAUUGGAGGCACCAAUGUGGCCACUACUUAUAUCACUUGUCCAAUAAAGCCAAGGGCCUCACUAGGGGUCAAGCUGCCCUUCUUGGUGAUGGUUAUAAAAAACAUGAAAAAAUAUUUUUCUUUUGAGAUUCAAAUUUUAGAUGAUAAAGAAAUGAGACGCCGCUUUAGAGUAUCAAAUUUCCAAUCUACAACAAAGGUUAGACCUUUUUGUACUACGAUGCCUAUAGGGCUCGCCGCAGGAUGGAAUCAGGUGCAAUUUAAUUUGGCAGAUUUCACUAAAAGGGCUUAUGGUUCAGUUUAUCUAGAAACAGUAAGAGUUCAAAUACACGCAAAUGUACGAAUAAGACGAAUAUACUUUACUGAUCAACUACACAGCGAUGACGAUUUACCCAACGAAUUUAAAUUGUUCGCGCCUGGUUCCAAAGACCAAAAAGCCAAACCCAAAGAUAAAAAGGCCUCUAAAGAAGCCUUAGUCGAGCAAACUCCACCAGAGGUACCACCAAUCAAAACAGACAAGCUGGAUGAAGAGGUACCUCCACCACCAACUCCAGCAGAAGAAUCUCCUAUUGGCAUGGAAGACAUGCAAGAAGGUCCGAUGCCAUCUCCAGAAGGUGAGGUCCCACCACAACCUGAGGGAGAUGAAAUUAAACCAGAAGCCGUGGAUGAGGUUCCUGCGGAGGCACCUCCAGAAGCCCCACCUGCUGAGGAGGGUGCAGUUGCCCCUGUUGAAGAGGAGGGAGCUUCUGCUCCUGCUGAAGGCGGUGAUGAAGCUCCAGCUGAGGGAGAGGCUGAAGUAAAGCCAGUCGAAACUGGAGCGGUUGAAGAAGAAGUAGAGGUAAAAGAAGAACCGGCUGUUGAAGAAGGACCAAUUGAAGGUGCACCAGCAGAAGAGCUGAAUGAGGAUCAAGUAAAGGAAGAAACGCAAGAGGUCGCCGCAGUGCUAGCGGAAGAAGAGGCGGCAGCACCGGCGGAGGCUGGUGCGGAAGUUUCGGAACCAGUGGAGACGUCAGAAAUGACAGAAGCUACUGUAGAAGCAGCGGACACAGAAGGAUCCCCAACUGAACCUCCUACUACGGAUAACGAGGGAGAAGCUUGAAUUUUAUGAAGUUUUUAAUAAAAAUCAUUUAUUAUAAUAUAUUAUUAUUAGUGUU